AUGUCUAGAGUUGGUGUCAUGGUAUUAGGGCCUGCGGGCGCUGGGAAGUCUACAUUCUGUAACAGCAUCAUUACACAUAUGCAAAAUGUAGGACGUCGGGCUCACAUCGUGAACUUGGAUCCUGCUGCUGAACCAAAUAAAUAUGAGUUUACUGUGGAUAUUAGGGAUUUAAUCUCUUUAGAGGAUGUCAUGGAAGAGAUGGAUCUGGGGCCUAAUGGUGCUUUGAUUUAUUGUUUCGAGUAUCUUUUACAAAAUCUGGAUUGGCUCGAUGAAGAAUUGGGGGACUAUAACGAUGAGUACCUAAUAUUCGAUUGCCCAGGUCAAAUAGAAUUGUAUACUCAUGUACCUGUAUUACCAAAUAUUGUUCGUCAUUUACAAGGUCAACUAAACUUUAGUCUUUGUGCAACAUAUCUAUUGGAGGCUCCCUUUGUCAUUGACAGUUCUAAAUUCUUUAGUGGUGCUCUAUCUGCAAUGAGUGCUAUGAUACUUUUGGAAUUACCUCAUAUCAACAUUCUAAGUAAGAUCGAUAUGGUAAAAGAUGAAUAUAGUCGUAAACGAUUAAAAAGAUUUUUAAACCCGGACAGUUCUUUACUUUUACAAACUGCAGAUGCCGAUACAAAUCCAAGAUUCCACAAAUUAAACCAAGCUAUCGCAGGUCUGGUUGAUGACUUUGGAAUGGUUCAAUUUCUUCCAUUGGAAGCCAAGAAUGACGACUCAGUCAGCACAAUCAUUUCUUACAUUGAUGAUGUAACGCAAUGGGCUGAGGGCCAGGAGCCUAAGGAACCUAAUGAUGAGGUUGAAAUUGAAGAAAUGUAA